UGCUGUAUAUAUGUUUUCAUUGUCAAUGGUUCUAAAUAUGUGCAUUUAAGAUUUGAGUAACAGUCGACAUAUUUAGUCAUUAAUUUUACAAAAUACACAUGAUUUGCUCAUAAAUUCAAGACACAAAUAAUCAGAGAGACCACUUCGGGACACGAAAGAGCCGCUUCUUUUUAGUGAGUCGAGCCAAAAGAACCGACUCUCGGAGAAGAGCCGGAAUUUCCAUCAGCAUUUCAUCCUCCGGACUCACCUUCCUUUAGACCGCCUCAUCUUCACUGUCUUCCCUUCGUCUGCUUAAAGUUAAGCUAAAAUGGCUUACAACAAGAAGGCCGUGUGUGCAUCCCUGGAGAACCUUUCCAAGAGCAACUUUGAGAAGUUCCGCCAGGCUCUAGUGGACCGUCCCGGGGAGCGGAAAGUGCCGUUGAGCAAGGUUGAGGACAAGAACCAGCUGGAGGUCACCAACGUGUUAGUGUCCACCUUCACCGAUGCAGGGGCUCCGGCGGUGACCGCCGAGCUUUUGAGGGACAUCGGCUGCUUCAACGAGGCGCAGAAUCUGGAUGAGGAGCUUAGCAAACACUCCUCCAAAGCUCCUUCAGACAGACGUGAGUCUUUGGGCUCCAGCAGCAGGUCAAACGUCUGCCAUCAGGGUGACGACGAGGAGCAUUUUGUGGACAGACACAAGACAGAGCUGAUCAAGAGACUGAGCAACAUUAAUCCCAUUCUGGAUUUCCUCCUGGAGAAGAACGUCAUCCAGGAUGAAGUAUAUGAUGAUAUCAGGGCUGUGAAAGGCAACCAGCAGAAGAUGAGGGAAAUCUACAGACAGGCUCUCAAAUCUGGCAACAAGGCCAAAGACCUCUUCUUGAAGGCCCUGGAGGAGAACGACCCGUACCUGGUGGAUGACCUCAGGGAGUACAGGAAGUAGCAGAGCCAAACGUAAUGGUCUUCUUCCUUGGCAUUAAAAAAUGGAAUUGGUUGGAAAUGUCAGGCAUCACAAUUGGCAUGUCAAUCUUUUUCAUUCAUAUUUCAUUUUUAUAUAUACGUAUUCUAUUUGGGCGGUUAGCGCGCAGACCUCACAGCUAGGAGACCAGGGUUCAAUUCCACCCUCGACCAUCUCUGUGUGGAGUUUGCAUGUUCUCCCCGUGCAUGCGUGGGUUUUCUCCGGGUACUCCGGUUUCCUCCCACAUUCCAAAAACAUGCUAGGUUAAUUAGCCACUCCAAAUUGUCCAUAGGUAUGAAUGUGAGUGUGAAUGGUUGUUUGUCUAUAUGUGCCCUGGGAUUGGCUGGCCACCAGUCCAGGGUGUACCCCGCCUCUCGCCCAAAGAAAGCUGGGAUAGGCUCCAGCACCCCCCGUGACCCUCGUGAGGAAAAGCGGUAGGAAAUGAAAUUAAAAUGGAAAUGAAUGGGCAAUUUAUUCAUGAUUAAUUAUUUAAAUUAUGGCGCCCUCUGCUGGUGAAAAAUAGCAGAGAUUUGAGAUUUUCCAUUAGUGAAAGCAGGGACAUGUCUCAGGUGAUUCAAAAAAAACCUUAAACUGUAUUAUGGAAAGCAGGAAGUGAACAAAUGUAACAGUUAGUUAUAUGUAUAACAUGUUUAAUCAUAUUUGUCCCAAUGGGGGACCUUUAAUGUGAAAGCUGUAGAUGCAUGGAGGCAACCAAGCGCAGUGAGGUCAAGAGUAUGUCAGGGUGCCAUGUUGU